AUGAAAUAGAGACAAUUAGGUUUUUAAACAGGCGUCAGCCCGGGCGCAGUCACCUUUCGUCCUGCUGCAUGCGGCUCAGUCGCGCGCUUUCCGUGAUAUGAAAACACUUGGCACGUGCCUGCUUCUGUCGCAUUGACUUGCUGUUCACGAGCUGCUGUCACGAUGGUUAAAUGUCCUGCUUAAUGGUCGAGGCGUGUGGAGCAGUUACAUUUAAAAGGUCGGAGCAGAAUGCCACACAAGUUCUCAUGCUGGUCUGACCCUGUGUGGUGUUACAAUGCCAGUUCUGGAGGGGCUCUGGAGCCCAGAUCUCAGGCUGCGGGACUCCGGUCUUGGUGUCGGGGUCGACGUUGGGGUCUGUCCAGAUGAGGCCCCCAACUCGUCAGUCUGGGAUCCGCUCAGGACGCCGCCAGUUACCUGCGGGGGCCUGUCGCUGGCCCUGGAGCUUCCAGCUCUCAUUAGGCAGCUGAGGGCAGCCUGGAGAGCACGCAGGGGAGGCCCCCGAGGGCCCGAGAGAAGUCAGGCCACUGCUUGGGUGGAAGCAGAGAAGGAGGAGGUAGAGGAGGUGCAGGAGCAGGACACAGAGGACAGGAGCACACAUCUGGAAGCUGAUAGCAAACUGAACACUGGUCAUGCUGGUGUGUUGCUGGCUGAGAGAAGAGGCUCCUACCCCCUGAUUGACCUGCAUAUCCUCAAAAUCAGUGCCCAGCAGGGGGAGGUAGAGUCUGGCACCAGGAGAAAGGUGAAACGUCUGCUGAGCUUUCAGAGAUACUGCCAUGCUUCCAGGCUGCUGAGGGGGUUGGUGCCCCACACCCCCGAGUCGCUACACCUACUGGACGAUGACUACCUUGGUCAAGCUGCGCACAUGUUAUCAAAAGUGGGCACCUGGAACUUUGACAUUUUCCUCUUCGACCGUCUUACAAAUGGUAACAGCCUUGUGACUCUCAUGUGCCACCUCUUCAAUGUUUACGGUCUCAUUCAUCACUUCCAGCUAGACAUGGUCAAACUGCACAGGUUUCUGGGCAUGGUGCAGGAUGACUACCACUCCCAGAAUCCAUAUCACAAUGCUGUUCAUGCUGCUGAUGUCACACAAGCCAUGUACUGCUACCUAAAAGAGCCCAAGCUAGCAGAGCACCUGAGCCCUCUUGACGUGUUCCUGGGUCUGAUGGCAGCAGCUGCCCACGAUGUGGACCACCCUGGAGUCAACCAGCCCUUUCUCAUCAAGACCAGACACCACCUGGCAUCCCUCUACCAGAACACAUCUGUGCUGGAGAGUCACCACUGGAGAUCCACUGUGGGCAUGCUGCGAGAGUCAGGACUGUUGUCCCACCUACCUGCUGAUAUUUCGCAGGACAUUGAACAGCAGCUCGGCUCACUCAUCCUGGCUACAGACAUCAGCAGACAGAAUGAGUUCCUGUCAACCUUCAGAGAACAUCUGGACAACCAGGACCUGGACCUUCAACUCCCGUCACAUAGGCACUUUAUACUUCAGAUUGCUCUCAAGUGCGCAGAUGUUUGUAACCCAUGUCGGGUUUGGGAGCUAAGCAGGCAGUGGAGCGAGAGGGUGUGUGAGGAAUUCUAUAGGCAGGGUGACCUUGAGAGGAAGUUUGACUUGGAGAUCAGUCCGCUGUGUAACCAGCAGGCUGACUCUGUCCCAGCCAUCCAGAUAGGAUUUAUCUCAUACAUUGUGGAGCCUCUGUUUGAGGAGUGGCACCGCUUCACAGAGCCUAGCCUGCUCAGCCAGACUGUGAUGGGUCACCUGCACAAGAACAAAGCGCGCUGGAGCCACCUACGAUACGCGCACACACCCUUAGACUCACAAACAAACCCUGAUGCUGAAGAGCCUGAGCCCGAGGGAGGAGGUGGAGAGGGGGAGGACAUCCCUUAAUCUUCCUCUUGCUUCUUGAGGCGUUUCAUCUUCAUUUCUAAAUAGAGGAGAGGAGUGUUUAUCUGCCUCCUUGUUUGUCCUCCAGUAAGUUUUAUCCCACAGCUGGUUGAUCACAAGCUCUGAGAGUGGGAGCGCUGGAUGGGAGUCUUGCUUGGUUUUGGUGAGAAAUGACUCCCUCUGCUGGAGCAGAGGACUGUAGCGCUGCUGGAAAAGAAAGGGGAGAAAUGCACAGUUGAGCAAACAGAUGGAUAAUCUUAGUAAAUAAAUGCCAAUUUGUCAGA